AUGCCUAUGCUCAAAGACCCUUCGCAAAAAUAUAAGAAGUUCACUCCGGUCCAUCUCCCAGAUCGUCAGUGGCCAAACAAGACUCUCGAUAAACCCCCAAGAUGGCUUUCUACAGAUCUCAGAGAUGGGAACCAAUCACUUCCAGAUCCAAUGUCUGUCGCCGAGAAAAAGGAAUACUUCCAAAAGUUGGUUGAAAUCGGGUUCAAGGAGAUUGAGGUUUCCUUCCCGUCUGCCUCUCAGAUUGAUUUUGAUUUCACUAGAUUUGCUAUUGAAAAUGCGCCUGAGGAUGUCUCCAUUCAAGUCUUGUCACCAUGCCGUGAAGAACUUAUCAAGAGAACUGUUGAAUCCCUUAAGGGUGCCAAGAGAGCCACAGUUCACAUAUAUUUAGCAACCUCCGAUUGCUUCAGAGAAGUUGUCUUUGGAUUAACCAAGCAACAGUCCAAGGAAUUGGCCGUCAAGUGUGCUAAAUUAGUCAGAUCAUUAACCAAGGAUGAUCCUAGCCAACAAGCUACUAUAUGGGACUUUGAAUUCUCACCAGAAACCUUCUCCGACACUGACCCAGACUAUGCAUUAGAAGUAUGUGAAGCCGUUAAGGAAGCUUGGGAACCAACUGAAGAAAGACCAAUCAUUUUCAAUUUACCAGCCACUGUGGAGAUGUCUACCCCUAACGUUUAUGCUGAUCAAAUUGAAUAUUUCUCAAGGAAUAUCUCAGAACGUGAAAAGGUUUGUAUUUCCUUACAUCCUCACAACGAUAGAGGGUGUGCUGUUGCAGCUGCCGAAUUGGGACAAUUAGGUGGUGCUGAUAGAAUUGAAGGUUGUCUUUUCGGUAACGGGGAAAGAACCGGUAACGUUGACUUGGUCAACUUGGCAUUGAACUUGUACACCCAAGGUGUAUCACCAGGUUUAGAUUUCUCGGACAUCACUUCAGUUAUUGACAUCGUUGAGAAAUGUAACAAGAUUCCUGUACAUGCAAGAGCUCCUUACGGAGGCUCAUUAGUUGUUUGUGCCUUCUCCGGUUCCCAUCAAGAUGCCAUCAAGAAGGGAUUCAAUGCUCACGAAGAAAAGAAGAAGAAAUCUCCAGAUGGUGGUAAGAGUGUUCGCUGGCAGUUACCUUACUUACCAUUGGAUCCAGAGGACAUUGGUAGAACCUACGAAGCCAUUAUCAGAGUUAAUUCGCAAUCUGGUAAGGGUGGUUCAGCUUGGGUUAUUUUAAGAAACUUGGAGUUGGAUUUACCAAGAGGUUUACAAGUUGCCUUCUCUAAGGUUGUUCAGGAACAAGCGGAAGUAAAAGGCCAAGAAUUGACAAACGAAGAAUUAUGCGAAUUAUUCAAGAAUGAGUACUUCAUUGAACCUUCUACCCCACAAAAGUAUGAAUUAGUGGACUACUCAUUAUCUAAUUCUAAGGGAGGAAUCAGAACCCUUGAUGUGGAAUUAAAGAUAGAUGGUAAAGAUGUCACCAUAAAGGGUACAGGUAAUGGUCCAAUCUCUGCAUUUGCUCAUGCUGUUUCGUCUGAAUUAGGUAUUCAAAUUGAAGUUAAGCACUACCACGAACACUCAUUGGGUAAGGACUCUAACUCUCAAGCUGCUACUUAUAUCGAAGCCGUCUCAGGAGAUAAAUUAAGAUGGGGUGUGGGUAUCCAUGAAGAUGUUUCCCAAGCUUCAUUCUUAUCGUUAAUUUCCAUCUUAAAUGGUUUAAGCAGGAACUGA